AUGCGUCUUCUAUCCACUUUGAUUGUGGCGGCUAUCGCAGUCCAUGCCAAAACAUCGGAUCGAGCCUCGAAUUUUCCGGUGUCGCAACAACUAGCCUCUGAAUAUGACUGCCGGGAAGCCUGCCAGGCGACUCUCGUCAAGACCAACGCCAAAGACUUGAGUAUCUUUGACACCCCAUUUGACUUCGACUUUUAUGCAACAGCCAAGAAUUUCUCCAAUUCCAAGCCUGGAGACGUUCUGAAACUUUCACCCAUCAACCCUGGCAUUAUGGCUGUCCCUGCUGGGGUGGCUGCAUACAAGAUCCAGUACACGUCCACCGACCUGGAUGGUUCUCCCGUCCCUGCCACCGGCUUCAUAGCGUUUCCGUUUGUCCGUCAGAACCGUCCAUUCAGGCUCGUUGCUUAUGCACACGGCACGACCGGUAUGUUCCGGGGUUGUGCCCCAUCAACUUCCUCUGCUCUGUUCGACUACAACAGCUGGACUCCGUUGGUGCUCACUGGAUAUGCUGUCGUUGGAACCGAUUACGCCGGUCUGGGAAAUAACUACACGGCGCACAAAUAUGUCGCUAGUAGAGCUAAUGCAAACGAUGUCUACUGGUCUGUUAUUGCGGCCAGGAAAGCCUUCCCCCUCAACCUUUCAAAGGGAUGGGUGUCCAUAGGUCACUCACAAGGCGGUGGUGCCUGUUGGAAAUUGUCGGAGCAUAAGCUAGUACAAAGCGAACACAGUGGAUAUCUUGGUGGUGUCUCAAUCGGACCUGUUACCUAUCUUCACGAUGCGCUCCUCGAUGGAUUUUCGAAACUCAAAGACCUUACAUCAGAACAGCUCGACGACUUUGGCAUAGUCACCAUCUUGCCUUCAAUGGCCUUUGCUCUCAAGGCGGUCUUUCCCAAAUACUCCCCUCCUUAUUUUUCUGAUCUCAUGAAGCGCCGCAUUGAGUUAGGACAGUUUGCUCAGCUCUGCGACACUGCUUUGUCCGGCCUCGUGAUGGACGCUAACUUGACUCAACUCAUCAAAAAUGAUGACUUCGUCAAAGACAUAAAUAUCAAAAAAUUUCAAGAGCUCAACGCUCCUGCGCAGGGCGACAAGGCCUCAAGGCCACUUCUUGUUAUUCAGGGAGGAAACGAUAGCAUUGUGUUCCCAGGCAUAACGAACAAAGCUUAUCAGAACAGCUGCAAAACAGGCAACGUCGUCCACCUCAGUGUUUACCCCGACUUGGACCACACCGCUGUAGUCGGAGCUUCAGCCCCAGAAUGGCUCGAAUUUGUUAACAAGCUUUUCCAGCAUGCGAGCUUAACUACAUGCUCACGCAAGGUCACGAUUCCCUUUGAUGCAGUCCAUGCCAGGAAGCCUCUGGACACGGAGUAA